AUGGGUGGGGAGAGGGUCAGCAGGAGGGCCUGCAGCAGCAGCAUGGCAUCUGCACGCCCUCCUGAGACCAAUUGCCCCCUGCUCACCAAGCAGUGCAAGAGCAUGGAGGAGAUGGCCUCCCCUGACAUUCCAGAGAUUAGGGCAUACAAGCUUGGCAAGAAGCGGUGGUCGUACAACCAGUGCGAGCUCAAGAUAUUGCAGGACGGGGGAGACCAGAGGCUGGAAGUUGUCGAGGCUGUCCAGUAUGGCAAUGCGUCGCUGGCAGAGUCCGAGCGCGAGUCUGGAGUGACGUACCAAGUGCGCCUCACCAACGGCUACCGGGUGCGGGUGCACGUGUUUGUGGUGUACGACGAGGCGGUGGAGGUGUCUCAGCCCGGCAGCCAGGCCAGCGCUGACAAGGCGCAGAAGCUGUACCGGUGGCCGUCCGUGUCGCGCGCCCAGUGCAAGAAGGGCUGCCAGGGGCCGGUGCUGCGGUCGAUCCAGCGCUUUGGGCGGCUGGGCAAGCGGUCGGGCAACGUGCCGCCCGAGGCGCGCCACUCCAAGGACAAGAUCAAGGAGGCCAAGUACAUGUACCUCUCCAUCGACGAGGCGGGCACCCACGUCAACGUCCGCCGCUUCAGGCUGGUGAUGGGGGCGUAUGACCAGGUGGGGCACCAGCUGCUGGGCUCCACGUGCAGCGCUCCAAUCCGCGUGCUGGCCAACAACGACGUGCCCAGCGGCGCAGCCUUCAUCUCCAUGCACCUCCCCAUCCGCGCCGACUGGGAGGGCUGGCUGCCCCACAACAUGAAGGGCGCGAUGCGGGCGCUGCACCUGCCAUCGCCGCGGCUGCCGCCUUCUCCGGCGCUGACGCACUCGCCGAUGAGCCCCGGCGGCGGAGCUGACCAGCACGCGACGCGUUCCCUCUCCUCCAACGACACCUGCUACCACCUCCACGACGUGGCGGGCCCAAGCAGCUUCAUGGGCGGCUACGGCGGCGGCGGCGGCCACCUGCAGGGGAUGAUGGGGCUGGGCUCUCUGCUGGCCGAGGCAGGCGCGCCGGCGGCUGCGUCCGUGGUGCAGACUGGUGCGGCCGGGAUGCACCACGGCGGCGGCAGCACAGUGCUGUGGCGCGAUACGGCAACCUCGGAGCUGCCGCCGCACAAGCGCUCGCGGCUGCUGCACCACUCCUGCGCCGACGACGUCCUCGCCGCCUUCUCCGAGAUCAACGAUGUCGAGGGUGCGGCGGCGCUGCAGGCGCACUUGGACCAGCUGGCAAACCUGCUGCCGCCAGUUAGCCACCCCCUGGCGCUGCCAGCGCAGCUGCAGGACCUGCACCGCGCGGCGUCCCCUCUCCCGCUGCACCCGGGCAGCUUCCUGCAGCCCCACCACCUCGGCAGCCACAGCCACCACAGCCAUCACCAGUCCCCUCAGCUGGACCCCCCUCCCUGCGGGGGUUCCAUGCACUCCCCCCACCUGUCCGCCUCGCAGCCGCUGCCGCACGCGUCCCCCAGCCAGUCUGACGGCUUCUCCAGCCGCCACCACUACUACCCCAUGCAUGACGGGGUGGUGAAGGUGGAGGCAGGGCUGGAGCAGGGGUGCAUGAUGGGCGUGGCAGGGGGCCUCGAUGAGGAAGACGAGGAAGAGGUGCAGAAGGUGGAGCACUGGACCAACUCCCUCAUCAACCAGGGCAGCUUUGAUGCUUCAGCCCACGUCAAGGACAUCCACAACUGGCAGCGCUGGCUGCUGCCGCAAGCGACUGGCAGCGAUGAGGCGGAGGAGGCGCCGUUGGCAGAGCCCAUCUCGCUGGGCAUGCUGGGGGCCGAGCAGGAGGGAGGCAACGCGCCCGCAGACAAGUCAGUGGCCGAGAGCCUAAUGCAGACCUUUGUGCACGCGUACUGCGGCGAGGCUGCUUCAGGGCUGGCCUUCGAGGCAACUGCGGGUCUGAGUCCUGUGGAUUUUCUCAACGACCACGGCCAGCUGCAGCACCAAGAAUCCCCAGAGUAG